GCCUCUAGUUAAUUGCAUUUCGAAUGUACCAAUUACAGUUUUUAUCAUGUUUGGUAGCUUAAAAAAGAAGUUCAGUGCUGCAAUACAAGAAGGCAUGGUCAUCUCGGAGAGCCUUCAGCAGCAGUAUCAAAAACGUGUCAGCGCCGCCACAACACCCACUACGGCACCCAACUUGCUCAACGAAAGCUUCUUUGCCAGCCGCGGCAGUUCACUCUCCCUCAAUAGCCAACUUACCGAUGGUGUGCCCACGCAUCUCAACAUGGCCGCUGGCUGCAAUUUGCUGGCUAAAUACGAAGGCGAUUGGGAACAAAUUCAUGCCGCUAACGAGGACAACGCAGCACGCUCUGCGGCUGUGGCGACACAAAUCGCUUCAGUAGAAGCGAAAGCCAGUGCACAGCGCAUAACCAUCACCGAUCUCAACACAUGUCUAGCCGGUAUACCCAAACUGGUGGAAAAACUCAAGGCUAGCGCACUGACGCUGCGCGCCGUGGAGGACGAGGCAGAGCAGAUGGAAAAGGAGCUGGAAAAAUUGGAGGACUUAUGCGAAGAGUGUGAGCUUCAGGAGUUCAUUUUGGAGAAGCAUUUUGAAAAAAAUGCGUAUAAGCAAAUGAAGAUAAACCAAUUGGAGCACUACAGGCAGAAGAUUGCUUCUCAGCACCAAGUGAAGAUUCGGACACAUGAGGACCGUCUAAGGCAAUUACAAAAGGAGCGCCAGGCUGUGUUCGAAGACGCAUUUCGAGGUGAUUUGGAGGAGUAUAAGCAGCAUGGACAGCUGACAAAGAUAGAAACGACGACACUGCCAACAAAAAAAUUGGAGUUGGAAGAAGUAGUUCUGGAACCAAAUGAUAUUGAGUCGAAGGAUGCGCUCGAGAAGUUCUUGAACGGUUAAGACUGGCUUAAAUUGAGCAAUACCAUUUGUGCCUUUUGUGCAAUAUUUUAUGAUACAUUUUAAUUUUUUGUGCACAUAAGAUUGUACAAUACGAUGUAGUCCCAGGUGGCCUUUUGGCUGACAACGGCGUUGCUGUAAAAUUUUGGCUUGUAAUUGUUUCCUGUGCUGCCAGACCUGGACA